AUGGGUAGGCCAGGAUUCUCUCCCCGAGGAGGUGGCGGACGAGGCGGACGUGGCGGAUUCGGUGGGGGUCGUGGGUUCGGUGGUGGCCGUGGUGGAGGAGGUGGAGGAGGUGGCGGCGGUGGCGGCCGUGGCUUCGGAGGACGAGGUGGCGGUCGUGGUGGAGGUCGUGGUGGACCGGGAGGCCGCGGAGGUCGUGGUGGUGGACGUGGAGGCGGAAGGGGUGGCUUCAAGGGUGGUAAAACCGUGGUUAUCGAGCCUCAUCGUCAUGAGGGUAUUUUCAUUGCUCGCGGUAAGGAGGACGCGCUGGUUACGCUGAACCUGGUACCCGGAUCCGAAGUCUACGGUGAAAAGCGCAUUUCGGUCGAUACCGAUGUAGGGGAAAAGAAGGAGUACAGAGUAUGGAAUCCAUUCCGGUCAAAGUUGGCCGCCGCAGUGCUGGGAGGUGUAGAUAAAAUUCACAUGCCACCCGGUUCCAAGGUGCUGUAUCUUGGUGCCGCUUCCGGCACAACGGUCUCGCACGUGUCAGAUGUGGUCGGCCCGGAAGGGCUAGUCUAUGCGGUCGAAUUCUCUCACCGAUCUGGUCGUGAUCUGUUGAACGUGGCUAAGAAACGUACCAACAUUAUACCAAUUAUCGAGGACGCUCGUCAUCCACACAAGUAUCGCAUGCUGGUCGGAUUGGUCGAUACCGUAUUUGCGGACGUUGCCCAACCGGAUCAGGCCCGUAUCGUAGCCCUGAAUGCGCAUAAUUUCCUCAAAAACGGUGGACACUUCGUCAUAUCAAUUAAGGCAUCAUGCAUCGAUUCGACCGCCGUGCCAGAAGCGGUGUUUGCCGCCGAGGUGAAGAAAUUGCAGGCGGAAAAGCUUAAACCCCAGGAACAGAUCACACUCGAACCGUACGAGCGAGACCACGCUGUGGUUGUGGGUGUUUACCGAGCGCCUCCGAAGAAUGCGGCGUAG